AUGUCGCCCAACUUCUCGGACUCUCAGCCGACUUUCACGCCUCGCGCUUGCCUCGACAGCCUGCCGACCGAAGUCAAGUCGCGCAUCGCCGAGUUGUGCUGGCUUCAGGACGAGUGGUGGCGUGAGUACGACAAGCAUAUCCGGACGCAGUUCGCCAGCGCGGGUGCUCCUGAAGUGGCGAGAUUUCGCCAACUGCACGAAGUGGAGGGCAAGCGGUAUGGACGCAGCUUGAUGUUGCUCGCGAGGACUUCUAGGGCUUGGGCGGAACUGACGGCGCCGUUGCGCUUUCGUGUUGUGAAGGUCUCGAAGGCGAAUCGGCCGGUCUUCCGUCAGCUCAUCGUGAGGCGACAUGCUCAACACUGCCAUGAGUUGCACUUCGACGAGGUCGAUGUCGAAAAAUUCGUCGUGUUCCUCGCCUUCCUACCAGCAUUCAUCGCCGUCAAGAAGCUCGUCAUCGACAAUAAGCUGAGCGCCGAGUUCUGCGGUAAGGUGCUCGAGCCGUGGUGUCACUAUCUCGACGACGCCGCGGUGCUUUCUCGCUCGGACAUCGCCCACCUCAUCAAGCGCGUCGAGUCAUUGACGUACAGCGUGCCAUGGCACAGGUUGCCCCCGACGUUGAAGGCCGCAGAGACCCUCACCUCCUUCUCCUUCCGCAUCGAGGACGCCACGAAUGCUGUGACCACCCUUACGACCAUUCUCUCGGCUGCACCUGGUCUCCAUUCUCUCUCUGUCGACGCCACCGACUGCCAAGUCGAUUUCAGCGGUCUUCCCUCGUCAUCACGAUCCACCUGGCCUACCUUGACAUCCCUCGCCUUGAAAGCCGAACGCAUAGAUCCCUCGUUCAGCGCUUUCCUCUCACACCAUCAAGCCUCCCUCCGUCAUUUGCGCCUCGAAUGGACCGAAGGACCGUCCGAGUCCGACGAUGGCACCUUCGCCUUUCUUCCUCCCGCAACGUUCCCUGCACUCGACACGCUCGACAUCAUCGAAUGCGGCAUCUCGCCUCUCGUCCCUCUCCUGACCUCCAUCAAGCCUGCGAGUCUACCAAACCUGCGGAACCUCACCGUUGUCCCUGCCUUCGGCGAAGAUGACGAGUUUGGCUUCGGCGACAGCGGGAUGGACGUUUGCCUCGAUUCGAUCGCCCUUCAAUACCAGCCGCGACUGUUGUUCGUGCGAUACUACGAGUCGGAACGUUGCCUGUGGCCGCAUUGCGCGUUCGUCGCCAGCAAUAUCCCUUCCGAUCACAACAUCCGCCUCGAUAUGACUCCCGUUUCACCGUACCCCCGACCUGUCUUUUACGUCCCGGAUGAUUCUGCCGAACUCGAGGACCUCGACUUGUUCGAGCGGUCGAUCUCGAACACCAUGGACUUCCUCGUCUCGUGGCAUGCGCGCGUCAAGCAGUCGAAGGACACGUACCAAUACGACGGCUUAAGACCCAGUCGCUGCGGGUACGGUCGUCUUCCUCGUAUGCAACCCUACCUCUUCCUUAUCUCCCGCUCCGCCGCCAACUUUCUCCAGCAAGUCGACCCUCUUUCAGCCCAAGUUACAGAUGAAUGCUACAGAUUGCCUUCGCGAUCGCUUCCCUCGACGCUCGCCCGCUUCAUCUCCUUCUGCUCGCCGGAUCCGCCCACUCGACAUCUCCCCCUCGCGCCUCCUCUUCCCGCCCGCGACCGUUCCCUCCCCUCGAACCCUCUCUUCGUCUCCCCCUCUCAGCCCGCUCCUUCGUCCGUCAUGUCGCCCGACUCCCCGGACUCUCAGCCGAUUCUCACGCCUCGCGUCUGCCUCAACAGCCUUCCGAACGAAGUCAAGUCGCGCAUCGCCGAGUUGUGCUGGCUUCAGGACGAGUGGUGGCGUGAGUACUCCGCGUACGUGGAAAAGCAACUUGAUGGGACAGGUUAUACCGAGCUGGAGCGGUUCGCUCGCGAAACGCGUGAAGAAGGAGACCGGUUUGGGGCUAGCCUGGGAUCGCUCGCGCUCGUCUCGCAGGCUUGGGCUGAACUGACAGCUCCGUUCCGCUUCCUAGUUGUCAGAGUCGCCAAGUCGAACCGGCCGAUCUUUCGCCAACGCAUCGCCUGGCGGCACCUCCAUCACGUGCGCGAGCUACACCUCGACGACUCCGACAUGGCCAACUUUCACCAAUUCCUCGGCUAUCUUCCUGCCUUCCCCAAUGUGAAGAAAGUGGUCAUCAAGAACCCAACGAUCGCCGAGUUUUGUCGACGCAGUCUCUUCCCGUCGCACUGGGGACUUGCCGACGAAGAAUUGCUCGCCCGCAUCGACCUGAGGCAUUUGUUCGAGCGGAUUGAAUCGCUUGCGUACACGAUCGAGCCAAAACAUCCCACGCACGUCCUCAGCGCUACGGCUCUGAACCUCACCUCCUUCGCGUUGCGCUUCGCGGACGCCACGAAUGGGACGGCUAUCCUAUCUACCGUCCUCAGUACCGCGCCACAUCUCAGUUGUCUGGCCAUCGACGCUCACGGUCUCGACUUGGACUUCGCUGCGCUCCGCCCAGCAGCAGGAACUAGCUGGCCGACUUUGACGUCCUUGUCUCUUGAGGCCGAGCGGUUCAACCCAUCUCUCGAGGCGUUCAUUUUGCAUCUGACAGCGUCUCUGCGCCAUCUCCGCCUCGAAUGGACCGAAGAACCGGCGGGAUCGGACGACACAAACUUCGCCUUUCCGGUCUCUCCCGCUUUUCCUGCAUUGCGGGUUCUCGAACUCGUCGAAUGCGGGACAUUGCCUUUACUGCCGAUCAUCGGAUCGGUCAAGCCGAGCAGCCUACCGUCGCUGGGCGAGCUUACGGUCGUACCGCAUUUCGACGACGAAGAAGACGCCGGAUUUGCCCAUAGCGGAAUCAGCACAGCCCUAUGCGCCUUACUUAAGCGCUUUGGCUCACAGGGGCCAACUCUGCGAUACUAUCAGUCCCGCGAACCGCUGUCGCCGUGGUGCAUGGUGACCGCCCGAGACGACUUUCGCGAGUACGACGACCGUCUCACCAUGCGCCCGACCACUCCGUUCCCGCAUUUUGCCUACUACUGGCCACAAUACACCCGGGAUUGCAAUGAUUGCACCCUUUUUGGGGAGCCCAUUGCCAAGACCAUGGACUUUCUCGCGUCGUGGGUGCAGCGCGUCGAAUCAUGCGACUCGCCGGAGGAGUACGCCCACCUUGCCUCUGCACUGAGGUUUGUCGAGCUCGAGCGAGUUGCGCAAACAUCGUAG